GUGCAUAAGAGAGUGAGAGAGUGAGAGAGCGAGAGUGAAAGAGUGAUCGCGUGAGAGAGAGUGAGUUUAAAGUUGAAGGUGACGUAGACCCUUUAGCUGUACGUGUGUUUAAUCAUUAACCCUUCAGUGGAGGUUUAAAGCGCUCUGCUCUUCAGGGAGCAGCCACUGAGGGCUCGACUCCUCCAGGAGCUUCAGCCAGAGACUCAAACCAGCCAGAGAAACUGCACCACUGUGGACAGUCCAGCAAUCAUGGGCUACUUCUGGUUCUUCUCUGCUGAAACGUGGGCGCUCCUGCUGCUGUUUAUAAGCCUGUUGGUUCUAUAUGGAUAUUGGCCCCAUGGUUUCUUUAAGAGGAUCGGAGUUCCUGGGCCUAAACCUUUACCCUUCAUUGGGACCAUGUUAGAAUAUAAGAAGGGAUUCCAUGGUUGUGAUUUGGAGUGCUUCAAGAAGUACGGAAGAAUUUGGGGUAUAUAUGAUGCUCGACAGCCGGUCCUGUGUAUCAUGGACAAAGACAUCCUGAAGACCAUUCUGGUCAAGGAGUGCUACUCCCUCUUCACCAACAGACGAAAUUUCCGUCUGAACGGCCCUCUGUACGACGCCGUGUCCAUCGUGGAGGACGACGACUGGAGGAGAAUCCGCAGCGUUCUGUCUCCGUCCUUCACCAGCGGACGACUGAAGGAGAUGUUCGGCAUCAUGAAGAUGCACUCUCGCACUUUAGUGGAAAAUCUAGACAAGACAUCGAAGCGAGGAGAAGCAGCAGAUGUUAAAGAGUUCUUUGGACCGUACAGUAUGGAUGUGGUGACUAGUACAGCAUUUAGUGUUGAUAUUGAUUCUCUAAACAACCCCAACGACCCUUUUGUAACCAACAUCAAGAAGAUGCUCAAAUUUAACGUAUUCAACCCUCUUUUCCUCAUUGUUGUACUGUUCCCCUUCGUCACACCUCUGCUGGAGAAAAUGGACUUUUCCUUUCUCCCAACGGCAGUGACUGAUUUCUUUUAUGCUUCUCUGCAGAAGAUCAAGUCAGAACGUGUAGCCAAGGACCACAAGAAGCGAGUGGACUUCUUGCAGCUGAUGAUAGAUUCUCAGAAAUCAGGAAAAUCAGAAAAAGAAGAUGGCAAAGAAUCUUUGCAUGGUCUGAGUGAUCAUGAGAUCCUGUCCCAAUCAAUGAUCUUCAUCUUCGCUGGUUAUGAGACGAGUAGCAGCACGCUGUCCUUCUUCUUUCAUAACAUAGCAACCAACCCAGACAUGAUGAAGAAGCUUCAAGAAGAGAUCGACCAGACCUUCCCCAAUAAGGCUCCAGUUCAGUACGAUGCAAUGAUGAAUAUGGAAUAUCUGGACGCUGCUCUGAAUGAAUCGCUCAGGUUAUACCCUGUUCUUACUCGGCUUGAAAGAGUCUGCAAGAAAACGGUGGAGAUUAAAGGCCUGACCAUUCCCAAGGACUCCGUUAUUGUCGUUCCUGUCUAUCCUCUCCAUAGAGACCCAGAAUACUGGCCUGACCCUGAAACCUUCAACCCUGAGAGGUUCACUAAGGAGAAUAAGGAGAGUAUAGACCCCUAUGCCUUCAUGCCUUUCGGUGCAGGACCCAGGAACUGUAUCGGAAUGAGGUUUGCUCUGGUGUCCAUGAAGCUGGCCAUCGUAGAGAUACUGCAGAGAUUCGAUGUCAACGUUUGUGAUGAGACAAAGGUUCCUCUAGAGCUGGGCUUCACUGGACAGCUGUCUCCAAAAGACCCCAUCAAACUCAAAUUCACCCCCCGAAAACUGUCCCACCCUGAAGACUUUCACAACAACUAUGCUAGCUCAUAGGCUCUUUGCACAUGUGGAUGCCUUUACUUCUCUAAGGCAUUACGUCAUUUUUUUGGUGUUCUUCAAGUGUAGCAGUUUGUAUUUGAAGGAAAGUCGAUAUUAAACCCAAAUUCAUGUUAA